GUAAAAACAAAAUGAAUAUUUUGGACACAUUGGCUUCACUACAAAACAUCUUUUUCCUCAAAAUCUGGAAAAUAAACAUUUAGAGGAAACAAAUGACGAGAUUAUGGUGAAUUCAAAAGAGUUUAUGCGUGUCAGGUUUCACUGUCUAAUCACCAUUGUUUUGUUUAUGCUAACUCUUUAUUUAUUUUCAAUAGAAUUUUAAAAUUUGAGGAUCCAGAUCAAACCAUCAAGGACAAAUUAAACUCAUCUUUGGGACAUAUUCAGACUACUGAAAUCAGGAAAUAUAAUGAAUACUGCAUGCGUAUCACAUCCUUCUCUUGUGAAAGAUUUACAUGACACUGCAAUAAUACAUAUUGAAAUGUCAGUGGAUCCAGUGUUCAAAAAGGAACAGAUUAGCGUAAAGUUUGAGCCGAAUCGGAUUAUAGUUACUGGACGAUAUGACGAGAAACAGUCACCUGGUGAUUUUGUUGAAUUCAAAAAAUCCUUCGAAAUUACAGAGGUGGUGGAUCAAUCCUGUCUCUCUGUUCAGAUAUCUGGUGCUACGUUGGUCGUUGAAGCACCAAUAAUCGAAGAUAAGAAUUAAUUAUAUACUUUCUUUCAAACCGCCUUAAUUGACAAAGUGUCUAUUCUCAACUGUCAAGAUCAUGAUGAUAUUUUGCUCUGUUUGUAUUCUCCACUCUCUUUUUUGACAAUAAAAGCUGGACUCAGUUAUGAAAAUUGUUCUUAAAAUCCUAAACGUUUGACUGCUUGUAAACGGUACAUUGUCCUGUCAUCUUACUGUACCGAAGUGAAAUACAAGUUUAUAUACAAGUAACAUUUUGUGUAAAAUUAUACACCAAUGGUUAGUUGGAAUGAGUAUUUGUAUACCACUGAGAUCAACUAGUAGAGCUCGCUGGCCAGAUCGACACACCGGACGACGAAUUCGCUCGUUUGGGACUGAUUUCACUC